CCUAAUAACGCCAUCAACCCCCGCACCCUCAUGACUACCGCUGUGAGGACAUCUAGGAUAGAAGAUGUCGGAUUUCUCUGCCUGGCUGGAGAAGAAUAAGGCGCUGUGGGCUCGUGUUUACGAUGAAGUCAUCGCGCCGGAUCUCGAGCAGGAGUGGAAGAGGAGGAAUGAGGAACACGAAAAAGAGCUGAAGCAAAAGAACGAGCAUCAGCAGAUUCUGUACGCGCACGUCAACAACGAAGUGAUCAAGAACGCGCGCCUGGUCGAAGAAAACGCGCGUCUGAAAAAGCUGCUCCAAAAGCAGAGCAAUGAACCCGCAACCUCCGCCGAACAGCUAGAAGCCAGCACAACAGACGCGACAAUCCUGGCCAGUGACUACCACCACAUUGCUGACAAGUACAACGACCUGAACAAGCGAUACCAGGAUGCCACUCAGAAGAUGAAGUACCUUGAGCGGAAGAACGCUGCGGUCAUGCAGAAGAAUAAGGAGAUGAAAGAAAGCGUGAGAGCGUGGCAGGAGUACUGCGAUCGGCACAUGGGCAAGAAUAGGUCGAAGACGGAGGGGAAGGCUAAGGAUGAGCACUCGAAGCAGUUGGCGGCGAUUGAGGCGUACGAUGCAAGGCUGAAUUUGCCUUCCACUCCAAGCUCAUCCGCCGUUGUAACGCCUGGGUCGUUGGCGGGACAGGAGCGUUCAUCGCCUGUCCAAUACCUUCCGCUCGCGCAUAUCCGCGCUGAGCCCGUCGAGCCUGUGGAUGGUCGUGUUCUCGAGAAUGUGGUUGUGACAGGACAACAAGAGCCGAAUCAAGCAGCGGAGCAUGCCGGCUCGCGAUCACCGUCACAUCGGCAAGUCGACGCUCCUACAGGUACGGAAUCGGGCACAGGCCACGGCAACUCUACUUUUUUAGGCCAACGGAGCUCAGACAACCUGGGCUCAAGCCAGACUACUGAAGAUGAGGCAGCUGAGCACAAUGAUGCGGAGAUACGAAGGACUGCUCAUGCGGAUGACGACGAAAUGCCUGAGGUAGUCUCCGCACGAUCUCUAAAGCGGAAGCGGAAGCCAUCGAGGAGUUUGAAUGUUCACCAGGACCGUGUUCCAUCAGAUGGAACUCCGGCAAGGCCCAUUAGAGUCAAGGAAGAGCAGUUCAGCAGCCCGCCACCCGAGACAGCCAUGUAUCAGCUACAGCGGAAGGAGACGAUGGACCUUGAUGAGCUUGGGGCUCAUGUGAUUCGCACUCCCCGCAAACGGCUGAGGACUCAUUCCAUCCACUCGAAUUCAACCGGUACUCUGCGGAACCAGAGGUCUAAUAGUGCACCUUUCAGCGGACAUCAGAUCAAGAAUGAACCCGCUGACGAUGAUGUGCAAGUCGCUGAUCCACAGAUCCUGACUUUGCGAAGGGCAGACACGACACUCAGUGAGCCAGGAGACUCUAUCGCGAUUCCACGAGAUGUUCUGCAGCCCUUGGACCCGAAUGUGGUUGCCAAUGCGAAUGAAGACACGCCUAACAAGCGUAUCCAAAAAAAGGAGGCUAGACGAGCCGCUGCAUAUGAGAUCCUCGGAGAGUCUGGGGAAACACCGCCUCUGAUGGACGAGAACGAUACCCGACUGCCGCCGAGCAUAGCGCGAGCACAGCACAAUCGAAGACUGAAGAUCAAUAAGGAUGAUAGAAUACUAGCGAAGAGCGCACAUCGAACGCCCAAAGCAGCACCUAGGAGGAGCAAUGCAGGCCAGGUUCCGACUCCGCCACCUUCUACGGACCGCCCUUCAAACGCCCCCUCCGCUCUUCGUGUUUAUGGCAAAGCUCAAGCAGCCGAAUCACGUCCUAGCCCUCGCGCUGCCCCUUCCGAUACGCGACCAAUCUGGACGAUGGGCCCCUCAAGCGAGCCACCGCGAAAGGCCCCAGCCCCUCCGCCAAAGAAGAACGUACCGCUUCGACCCAAGCCCAUCUCAGAGCUGCAGUUGAAAGACUUCAAACCAAACCCAAAAUACAACCAAGGCUACACCUACGCCUUCUCUGAAACCGUCCGCAAACGCGGCGACCGCAUGUGUCUCCCCGGCUGCACCAAUCCAUCCUGCUGCGGCUCCACGUUCCGGUCUCUCGCCGCAGCCGCAGCUCCCUUAUCCCGCUCUCAGGAAGAAGAACUCCUUCAAGACUAUCUCGGCGAUGCAUACGAUAGCUUCGGACUCACGCAGAUGUCCCAGAAGGAGCGAGAAGAGUUGGUGCUGCAGGCGCGAACUAGGAAAAUGUCCAAGGACCAUGGCAAACAUAGACAGGCAUAUGAGGGUAGGAAGACGCCGCCGGGGUUCUGGAGGGUGGGGUUUCCGAACACGCAGGAGCAGGAGGAGGAUAGGGAGAUGGCGGCGAAGAUGGAGAGGGAGAUGGUGCGGGACAGGUGGCUGGAGGCUAUGCGCAGGAACGGGAAGUGGAUUUUUAGGGACGAGUGAUUUGCGCUGGUUCCUGCACGAUGGACGUAUGCUGGCAAUGAGCGAUCCUAUAUUGUUAGUGUAACAUGACUGCCUGGGGAUCGUGGCUUCGUCCAAGGCUGGCUCCAACAUGCGGCAUAUCGUCGCUGCCGAAGGAUAGCUUACAUGUAUGCAUUCUUCCACGC